AUGGGUUCAGUGAACGACGACGACAUACCUCUCAGAACAAUGAGGGUUUCGUUGAAGAAGAAGUACAAGGUGAUACGGAAGGUGAAAGAGCACAAUAGAAAAAAAGCGAAGGAAGCGAAGAAGCUUAGGCUGAGUGGGAAAAAUAAGGUUGAGAAGGAUCCUUGUAUUCCCAACAAUUGGCCUUUUAAGGAACAGGAACUCAAAGUUCUUGAAGCUCGAAGAACGGAGGCCAUUGAGGAAUUGGAGCAAAAGAAAGCCGAACACAAGGAGAGGGCUCGUAAAAGGAAAUUGGGCUUGCUAGAGGACGAAGAUGACUCUAAGUUGCUAGAGGAUUCUAAUAAAAAUACUAAUGAUUUUGAGAUUAAGAGUAAGAGGGUUUCGUUGAAGAAGAAGUACAAGGUGAUACGGAAGGUGAAAGAGCACAAUAGAAAAAAAGGGAAGGAAGCGACGAAGCUUAGGCUGAGUGGGAAAAAUAAGGUUGAGAAGGAUCCUGGUAUUCCCAACAAUUGGCCUUUUAAGGAACAUGAACUCAAAGCCCUUGAAGCUCGAAGGACGAAGGCCAUUGAGGAAUUGGAGCAAAAGGAAGCCGAACGCAAGGAGAGGGAACAUGAACUCAAAGCCCUUGAAGCUCGAAGGACGAAGGCCAUUAAGGAAUUGGAGCAAAAGAAAGCCGAACGCAAGGAGAGGAAAGUUCUUCAUGGACAGGAAGAAAGAUAUAUGACAGAAGAUAAUGAGGGCGCUUGA